AUGUACAUAGAUUGGAAUGGAAAGGAACCUGCUGUGACUUAUCACAACCAAACACUACUAGUGAAAAAUAUCUUUCGUAAUAUCUGCACCGGUGACAAUGGUGUUGUUACUGAUUCUCCAGUUGUCCAGCGCUUUGACCUUCGAGGAACUCCCUUUAUUUUUUCAAUAGAUCGAAAUGUUUUUGCGGUGAAGGGUUGUGGUGCCAGCCUUAUAUUGAAGAAUAGAAGCAAUAAAAUCAAACUAAAAAGGACAAGAACUGUGGAUGGAAGAACUGUUGCCAUUAAGAAAUCUAAGAAGGUAGACAAGAGUCAGCUGGAACAAUUUAUUAAUGAAAUGGUUAUUCUUUCACAAGUUAAUCACCGGAGUGUGGUCAAAUUGUUGGGCUGUUGUUUAGAGACAGAAAUCCCAUUGCUUGUCUAUGAGUUCAUUCCAAAUGGAACUCUUUAUCAACAUAUUCAUGAUCCAAGUGAAGAUUUUCAUGUUACUUGGAGAAUGCGUUUACAAAUUGCUUCAGAAUCAGCUAGUGCUCUGUCAUACCUUCAUUCAUCUUCAUCUGCUCCAAUAUAUCAUAGGGACAUCAAGUCCUCCAAUAUACUGUUGGAUGAAAAAUACAGGGCAAAGGUUUCUGACUUCGGAGCUUCAAGGGCCAUUACCAUUGAGGAAACUCAUGUGACCACUUGUGUUCAAGGCACAUAUGGCUAUUUGGACCCAGAAUACUUCCAAUCGAAUCAAUUCACUGAGAAAAGUGAUGUGUAUAGCUUUGGAGUAGUACUUGUUGAGCUCAUAACAGGAAAGAAACCGAUUUCCCCCAACCAAUCGGGUGGGUAUAUAAGCUUGGCUACUGAGUUCCUCUUUCUCAUGGAAUAUUUUUGA